GCCUGCUGGGGAACGCGCUCCCUUUCCCCAAACGUCCCUCGGCUCCCCUGUCGACCACCCGUCCAAGGGCCCUGGGUACCCAACGCGACCACGUCUGGCUACUCAACUCAUGUCUGGCACCUCACCUCACACCUGGCGCCUCAGAUGUCGCGUGGCGCCUCGGCCAGAGGUCCCACAAGGUGGCGCCGCCUCUCCGUGGCCCCGAGAGCCCGCAGGCGCGGGUGGCUGGGCCCGCGUGGGCUCCGAACUGCAGCGGCUCCGCCAGACAGUUGCAGAAGCUGGCUGACAGCCGGGACCCCCUGGUUUGCGCAGCCAGGCGUCGAGGAGGCGGCGGCGAGUGCCGCGGUGCGGGCGGGGUGGCCUAGUGGUCCCCGCAGCCUCUGGACCCAGCCAUGCUGCUCUGGAUACAGGGCUUCGUGCUGGAGGCGGUGGCUUGCCAGGAUGACGAAGACUACUUACGCUACGGGAUCCUUUUCGAAGACCUGGACCGCAAUGGGGACGGCGUGGUGGACAUCACUGAGCUCCAGGAGGGGCUGAGAAACUGGAGCUCCGCGUUUGACCCGAACUCCGAGGAGAUCAUUUUUAAGUCUGGAGAUACCAACGAUGAUUUAGGAUUGGACUUUGGAGAAUUUAUGCGGUAUCUUCAAGACCAUGAGAAGAAAAUGAGGCUGGCAUUUAAUAGUCUGGACAAAAAUAAUGAUGGAGUAAUAGAUGCUUCAGAAAUAAUUGCUGCUUUGAAGUCUCUGGGUAUGCAUAUUUCUGAAGUCCAGGCAAAAACAAUUCUGAGCAGCAUGGAUACUGAUGGGUCAAUGACAGUAGACUGGGAUGAAUGGAAGUACUACUUUUUACUGCAUCCUGCAAAAAAUGUCACUGAAAUUAUUCAUUUCUGGAAGCGUUCUACUUUAAUUGACAUAGGAGAGAGUAUAGCUAUUCCAGAUGAAUUUACCGAACAAGAAAAGCAGUCUGGAGAUUGGUGGAAGCGUUUGGUGUCAGCAGGAAUAGCUAGCGCGGUUGCACGGACAUUCACAGCACCUUUAGACCGCUUGAAAGUCAUGAUGCAGGUUCAUAGUUUAAAGUCAAGGAAAAUGAGAUUGAUUAGUGGCCUUGAGCAGUUGGUAAAAGAAGGAGGAAUUUUUUCCCUUUGGCGAGGAAAUGGUGUAAAUGUUUUAAAAAUUGCACCAGAGACGGCACUCAAGGUUGGGGCCUAUGAACAGUAUAAGAAAUUGCUUAGUUUUGAUGGUGUUCAUUUAGGAAUUCUUGAAAGAUUUAUAUCUGGCUCAUUGGCUGGUGUAACUGCCCAGACCUGUAUUUACCCCAUGGAGGUACUAAAGACCAGACUGGCUAUAGGUAAAACUGGAGAGUAUUCAGGGAUUAUUGAUUGUGGCAAGAAGCUUCUAAAACAAGAAGGUGUCAGAUCAUUUUUCAAAGGUUAUACUCCUAACUUGCUAGGCAUUGUACCUUAUGCAGGCAUAGAUCUUGCUGUUUAUGAGAUUUUGAAGAAUUAUUGGCUAGAAAAUUAUUCAGGAAACUCUGUGAAUCCUGGGAUAAUGAUUUUGGUGGGAUGUAGUACGUUGUCUAAUACUUGCGGUCAGUUAGCCAGUUUCCCUGUGAACCUUAUUAGAACUCACAUGCAGGCUUCAGCCCUACUGGAAAAAGGAAAAACAACUUCUAUGAUUCGGCUCAUUCAAGAAAUAUAUACCAAAGAAGGAAAACUGGGAUUUUACAGGGGUUUCACCCCAAACAUCAUAAAGGUGCUUCCUGCAGUAGGCAUUGGCUGUGUGGCCUAUGAAAAAGUGAAGUCACUUUUUGGAUUAACCUAGAAGUGAUAUAUCAAAUUGUUGUCAUUGCCGUAAUCACUUAACUGUAAGAUAAUACCUGGAUUAUAAAGAGAUGUUAUCUUGUCCUAAGAGGAAAGAAAUGUCAGAUAAUUGUUAAAAUAUUUUUUCAUUAUUACAAAAUAUAUAAAUUAAAUAAUAAUUUUUAUAAAGUUCUUUAAUAAUUUAAAAUCUUUAAUAGCCAAAAAAUACUAUUUACAUUUUCUACUACUCUCCCUUGAAUCCUAACUUAAAAUUUGUUCUUGAUUUGAUUUGAAUACACCAUAGAGUAACAUAAAACAUUUGGUCAGCAAUAGGAGUUUAUCUUUGAAAACGUUUUUAUAUUUGAAAACUUAUUUUAAAAAAGCUGAGCUUGAAAAAGCUUUAUACACUAAAAGAAAAAUCAGUGCAUUUAAAAUUGAUGUUAUAGCAAAUAAUUCGGAGUCUGUUUCUUUUACUUAAGCAAAAUGGAAAAUUAGUUUCUAAUUCCUUCUAUCACAUUUUAGAUGGAAUAAUGAUAACAUCUUUCUUACAUCUCUGGGCGUUUUUAUUUGUACAUGUGAAUACUGUUGGUUCAUUUUGAUUCUUGAUAUUGUCAGCUUAUAUAAGGAAGUUGGCAUUGAUAACAAAUCCAACACUGGACAAAUUUUAUUUAUCUUCUGGUUGAAAACAUUCGAGUGGAAGAAUUUUAUAUGUUAAAACCAUUAUCUCAUA